UUCAGUUGCGCGUAGAGGGAGUAAAGAAUUUGCUAAAAGUAUUUAUUACAAUAUAGAUUAUAUAUCUUAUUACCAAUAUUAACGUUAUGUAAUCUUUAAAUAAUGGCGCGUACCAAGACAAUGAAAAUAUCAAAAUAUCGUGAAAUAAUACCAGUGCAGACACAACCUGUACGUCCGGUCUUAACUGUUCGCAUGUGUCGCUUUAGAUCGAAAAAUAUUAUCUUCUGCGGAAUACUUCGUAAUCCACAAAAUUAUGAUUUAUUACUUAGUAAAGCUGGUUUUCAACGACUAGUCCGUGAAAUUGCUAAAAAUUUGAAGAUAACGUUUCGUUUCCAGAUUGGUGCCAUGCUAGCUUUUCAAGAGGCUACAGAAAAUUUUGUAACCGAUUUCCUGACAGACGCCUAUUUUUAUUCCUUUCAUUCUAACCGCGAAGGGAUUAGAAAAAUAGAUAUUGAGUUUGCUAAGUGUCUUUAUAAAAAACAUUUGAAAUAAAAUUACAUCGUAAUAUUUUCGAU